AUAUUGAACCAUUAAAGUGUGACCCUACUUGUGAGUGAUCAACGUAUCAUGUUUUAUAGGGGACCCAAAUCCCCAGUUGUAUUUAGGGCUGUGCAAUGGCUCUAUUUUGGUCACCCUGUAAUAAUUUCUUAAUUGCACCUUACCCAGCGUUUACAUCAUCUGCAAUUCGACAUGUCUCGACUUUCAAACCCCGAUUUCCUUCUCUACCCAUUUUUGGUUUUCAGAAAGUUUCAAACUUUAAGUCGAAUAUUUUAAUUGACCUGUCUCAGAAGAAACCUCACUUUCCCAAGUGCUAUGGCUCUUCAGUUGAGCAACAUAGUAAUGAUGCAAAUUCUACUACAAUUGUAUUUCUUAAAGGACUAGCAAAGUCAACAUUGGAGGGAGGAUUGAAGGUGGUGUUUUCACAAUUUGGCGACGUCAGCCGAGUCAAGAUCGUAACUGAUAAGAAAAGUAAGCAAUCGUUGGGGUUUGCAUAUAUCUGGUUUUCCGAUAAUGAAUCUGCCCAAUCUGCUAUCCAAGAGAUGAAUGGAAAGUUCUUAGAUGGCAGGUUUAUACAGCUUCAGAUGGCAAAGCCUGGAUAUUGCAAGCUAAAUGUCAAGUCUGUACCUUACAAGUUCUAGGAAGAUCUGAGCUGCUUCGGGCUAGCAUUAGCACCCUGUGAAACGCCACCAAAGGAUACUCAGGCGAGGAUGAAUCCAUGGAUUAGGAGCAGUCGAACAAACCCUGUUGACGAUCAAAAGGAGCUAUUUGAUGCAAAUGAUAUCUAAACUUGGCCAUUAUUGUUCCCUUUUUAUGUAGACUUUAGUCUGUGCUAUGCUAUGUUUACUUUGCCACUGCUGUAGCUUUUGGCAAUUUGUAAGGGUGGCUGAUAGUGGCGAAUUUAGGUGCAAAUUAUAGGCAUGUGAAUCCGUAUUUUUUUUUAAAAAGCAGAUAUUUUAUGUAUAUAUUUUUAAAGAGAAAAUACACCCCCCUUGAUUU